AUGCAGCAAAUUCUGCAUGUCAUCGUUGUUGGAUUUCAUCACAAAAAGGGAUGUCAGGUGGAAUUCUCGUACCCAAGACUUAAUGGUGACGGAGAAGGAGGACUACCAGAAGAAUGGGUAAAUCUGCCAUCACUUGCUUUGCCAGAUGGCGCUCAUAACUCCGAUAGUGACACCAUUUUCUUCAUUUUGCCAUCAACAGAGCGGCCUGGUGAAGCGAUAUUUGGGAUUUCUUGCUAUCGUCAGAUCGCUGCUCAGGAUUUGCUAUCAAAAACCGAUGACGUAACGAGGAGUACCGUACAGAAGAGCGUUUGCGUGCUCUCAACAGUACCAUUAUUCGGCGCUUUGAGGGCUAAAUUGGAAGUUAUAACUCGGGCAUAUUUUGCAGAACGAGAUUUUGCCAAAGUUGAGGUGCUUUCCCAAAUGUUUACAAAUUUGUGUGAAAUGUUCGAUAACGAGGUUAUCGACGAACAGGCAGCAAGCAUAGAUAUCUCCGUUCAGGAACUGUUUCUCUGCUUUCGACAUCGUGCCUUAGUUCUAUUCAAGCUGUUGCUGCUUGAGAAAAAGAUUGUUUUUAACAUUGCUCCUGCACAAUUACUAGGAACAACUAUGAUUGCACUCGUAUCACUCUAUCCAAAAUUACUGGAAGAAGGAUUGCGGUACUGUGCUACUCCAAAUAAUCCAUUAGAAACUACGAAGUUGGAUGCUCGAUAUGAUGACGACUCUUAUAACAGCAGUUUAGGCACCGCUAAUGGAAAUGAAUCCAGUGAUGGAAGAGAAAUCACAAUUCCGUCAUCCAACGCAGUUCAAAAUGACGAACAAUAUAUAGCAAAAGACAGCUUUGGUUUUCCACUGAGUAUUUUUACAAAGGGUUCUCUCUUUCAUCCCUAUCUCUCGAUUUCAUAUUUGGAUAUGAUUCGGUCACGAAUUGUGCGAGCUUAUGCGAUUGGUGCCACAAACGCACUCUUUGUCACAAAGAAGGAUUUGUUGGACGCUAUUAUCACUGGAAGUUUUGAUCUACAUAUUUCUGUUGUUUCGUCUCUAAAUCUCUUACCAGUGAAAGUUCAUUUUGGGGGCAGGAUUGACGAUCAAGGAUGUGGACAAAUAGCUCUGUUAGAUGCAAACCUUAAACGAGAACUCAGUCUUACUUCUGCUGAUCUACGCUUUGGAGACUAUAUUAUGAAACAUAUCGAAGACAACAGAAGAUCUAGCGCAUUAUUCGAAGGAAGCGACGAAUGGUUGCGUUUGCAAAUGCGCGAAUAUCUUCUCUCAAUGGCGGCGAGCGCUCGAUCAGACUUAGCUGUGGCAGUGGCUGAUUACGGCAGUGCGUUUGUCCACAGUUGGCGAAGUACAAGGAAUUAUCGCAUUUGGAUGACUGGCCCACACGAAGACCUCAGUGGAGUGGUGCCGGGACAUGCUUUUGCUGGGCAGCUUGGUGUAUAUGAUGUUUUUCUACGAGUUGAGCAUUCUGUCGGUGGAUCUGAAGGUGCACGGAGGGCAAUCAAUGCUAUUACUACCACUGGAAAAAACAUAGGCGAAACAGGGAACAAAGUGAAGCAAAGUUUAUCGAGCUGGCUGAAAGGCAGCCCAACCAAUGCCGAAGAAGCUACAGAAGAUCUUUUGGAUGAGUCUAAAGUCAAAAGCUUAUCGUCGUGGUUUCGAGGAACUCAACGAAAUGAUGAGCAAAGUUCUUCUGGUCAGGCUGAGCUUUGA